AUGCCGGGUUCGUCAUCUGCUUCGCCUCCGCUAGGCGCCUCUCCAGUUCUAUCCCCGGCAGAUCUUGAGAAUGCAGAACGAACGCCGUUGCUGCAAGCAGAUAAUGGAGGGAGGUCGCAGUCAUCUUUAUCUUCGGCUUCACCUGCGUCGCCGCCUUUACCAUGGACCGAGACGGUGCGGGACACUACCACCGAUAUUUGGCUUCAGGGCAAGGGAAUGAUAUUGGUGUUGAUGUCGCAGUUCUUUGGCGCAUCGAUGAACUGUAUGACCAAAGAAUUAGAGCUGAAUGGGAGGAAUGGUGAGGGUUUCCAGCCGUUCCAGAUUCUCUUCGCCCGUAUGUCAAUCACGGUCACAGCCAGCUAUUUGUACAUGUGGUAUGCAAAGGUACCGCAACCGUUUGGUAAUCGCUCGACUUUUCCUCUCCUUCUUUGCCGUGCGAUUAGUGGCUUUAUUGGCGUGUACGGUCUCUAUUACUCUGUUCAGUACCUGCCGCUUUCUGAGGCGACGGUGCUGACCUUUCUCGCGCCGAUUCUGAGCUGCUAUGCUUGCUCCAUCUUCCUUCCCGGCGAGAUCUUCACCAGCAAGCAACAGUUGGCUGGGUUUGUCUCGUUGAUCGGUGUCGUUUUGAUUGCACGACCCUUUGCUUUCUUGCAGCCUGCUGCUGAUGCAGACCCUAUUCAAGUGAAGAAGGAGGCAGAUCAAGACCAUCGCGUCAUGGCAGUGAUAAUGGGAAUGAUCGGUGUUCUCGGUGCAUCAUCCGCAUACGCAUCGAUCCGAAUGAUCGGACAACGGUGUCACCCGCUGGUUUCAGUCACAUAUUUUUCGCUGGUGACCACGGUCGUUUCUGCCAUUGCGAUUGUAGUUCUGCCUUCAAUUCCGUUGGAGUUGCCCGGGAACCCGUUGGAAUGGACUCUGCUCAUUAUGCUCGGUGUCUGCGGGUUCCUGCUGCAGUUUCUUCUCACUGCCGGUCUGUCGUAUGUGCCUCCCCCGCCACGAGUUUCAAAAAUGCCUGUGCUUCAUCAGUAUCACAACGGAGAGGGCCAUGAUUCAAAAGCAGAAGCAGAAGCUCCCGCCCGCUCCUCAUCCGGAACGAAAGCUACCACCAUGCUCUACACACAGAUGCUGUUUGCGCUGUUCUAUGACAGUGCCGUCUGGGGCAGUACCUUGUCCGCAGUGAGUUGGAUUGGAUCUGGGUUGAUCUUCUGCAGUGCCUUCUAUGUGGCCACGGCUCGAGGGACCCCGGCACCAGCACAUGCAUCUGAGAGUGAGGAGAACGCGGGGGAAGAUACACGCUAA